UGUGCCCCCCCCCCUCUCCCGCCCCGUGUUCAGCUCUCGGUUUCACGUAGGACGACAGUCCGCAUCUCCUCUGCUCAGUAUGUCUCCGUCCACGUCCCCGCGGCUCCUUGCGGAGAAGGAGGUGGCCCGCCACUGCACCAAGGAUUCCUGCUGGGUGCUGCUGGGGACCCGGGUCUACGACGUGACCUCUUUCCUGCGGAUGCACCCGGGGGGUGAGGCGCUCCUACUUCGGCGGUCGGGCAAGGACGUCAGCCCGGAGAUGGAGGGACCCCCGCACCGGCACUCGGAGAACGCGCGGCGGUGGAUGGAGCAGUACUACAUCGGGGAGUUGGACAGAGACAGUGGCACCGACGAGGCACAGACCGUGAGAGCGAGGAGGAAGGCCGGCGAGCAGACGGUCAGAGAGACGGGAGACGAGAGGACAGGCAAGCGCGUGACUGAGGAGGACGAGAACGCUGACUACAACCGCUGCAGCCCAGUGGACCUGAACAAGGAUUUGGUGGACUGGCGGAAGCCUCUGGCAUGGCAGGUAGGCCACCUGGGAGAGAAGUAUGACGCGUGGGUUCACCAGCCGGUCGACAGACCGAUCAGGCUGUUCGGAAACCCCUUGCUGGAGGCCGGCACCAAGACCUCCUGGUACUGGGUGCCAGUGCUGUGGCUUCCUGUCGUCUUCUAUUUCAGUUGGUACUGCUACACCACCCUGGGUGAGGGCACCACCAGACUCAACCUCACUUCAGGCAUCUCUGUCCCGAUCCAUAAGUACUGCUUCCCUCUGCUCUUUCUGCUGGGCUGGUUCUUGUGGUCGUUCAUCGAGUACUGCAUCCAUCGCUUUGUCUUUCACAUGAAACCGCCGGCCCACAACUACUACCUUAUCACGAUACACUUCCUCCUGCACGGACAACACCACAAGUCUCCGUUUGACGGCUCUCGGCUGGUCUUCCCCCCCGGCCUGGCCUCCCUGGUGGUGGGGAGUUUCUAUCUGAUCCUCUGCAGGACGCUCCCAGAGAUCCUCGGUACGUCCGUGUUCGUCGGAGGUCUGUGUGGCUACGUCAUGUACGACAUGAUCCACUACUACCUUCACUACGGUUCCCCCAAGAGGGGCUCGUACAUGUACGGCCUGAAGGCCUACCACGUCAAACACCACUUUGAGCACCAGAGAGCAGGUUUUGGCAUCACCUCCACAUUCUGGGACCACCCCUUCAACACAGUCAUCCCCAAUGAGAAGUACUAACACAGAAGCAGCUCUCCUAAAAGGGCC